GUGAUACAUAUAUUUAUUUCCUACCUUUUUUCUGAUGGUUUGAGUCUGAAAAGCAUUUGCUCGAAGGCGUUUUGUUUCCCUUAAGCUCUGUCCUCUUCAAAGCAUCGUGUGCUGCCAGCAGUCACAGGUACAGUCUGAAAUCGUCCCUCACAUCCGAGGAGACGCUCUGGGAAAGCGUUGUUAUGUGGAUGUGUUUGCUUACAGCGCCUGAAGUUCUGUGUGUUUGUAUCCCAAACUGUUUUUCGAUCGUUUCCAGUUCUUGCUUUGUCUCAGUUUUGUCCAUUAUAAACAGGAAAAUACAAACCUUUUGAUUUUGCAGGAAGUUGGUUGAAACCUUCAUCUAAGUUGGGACUAAUAGCCUGGGGGGGGGGUUCACGUCACUGAAGCCGCACUGACAGGAUCCAUGCUGGCGCUCUUAUUUGUCUUAUUUUCUUUGUCUCUGCAUGAAUUUGUGUAUUGUGUAGUUGUCUUCACACUCAUACCACUUACACCUCGUACAUUUACUGCUAAGUCCCUUAAGUACUAAUCAUUGUAAAAACAGUGAGCUCAUUUGUUGAAACAGGAGGGGGCAGAGAAGUGGUAAUGGCAAAAGAAAGUUGAUGGGGAGGGAGGGGGAAGUGUGAGAUUUUUCUCCCCCCUCUUUCAUUUGGUAUGUGUUUCUCUGGAGUACAACAACCACCAAUCAAAAGCGAAGCAACACCUGCUCCUAGACUGUGAAAAUCGCACAAGUGCUGGAAUGCACAUCGUUAGGCCCCCGUAACCACUAACAGCAGGGAAAAGGCUGAAUAUUAAGGAACCUGUCUGAUUCCUGCAUCUCUCACUGACAGGAAGCAGAGGAGCUCAGAAGUGUUUCCCAGCUCUCUGCAGGCACCGGGGUCAAAGUCCAAACUGCUUCCCUGUAAUGGUGCUCCCCAGCGAGCCGGGCCAGAAAGAAAGACCGCAUACAGACUACCUUAAUGGGCCCGAGUUACAGAAAAGACGGCGGCUUUCCCUCCAGCUAGGAAUGUCACCUUUGUGACAUGGUUAUCAUUCAGCCCGUUCACUGUGUUUCACAUUACUGCCGCUUCCUCUGGGAUGUUGCUGGGAACGUUUUUGCAGCACGUUUGUUUUAUCGUCCUCUUCUAAGGAUCCGAGUCCUCUCGUGACCUCACUCGGGAGUGUAGCCGGAUUGACUUGAUUUGAGAAGGUGAAGACAUAUUUAAUUCAAGCAUCUAGGUUAUCGAUGCUCUUUUAAUAUCUUGUCUGAUUAAAGGAAGGAGUAUUCCCUGUCUUCUCUCCGGGCUGGCAUGGAAUCGCUCCAUGCCGGAGUGUGUGGGUGCACUGGCACUGGUUCAGUUCUCUAGUGGCUUGCUUGGCCAAAUGCUUUUCUCUUUAAUCCUAAUUUGCUGCUCAGUAUUUUUGUCAUUCAGAUUCACUGUGAAAUAUGCCAACUGUAUGGCUUUUUUUAGUGAAUUAUGGAAACCUAAUUGUGGCUCUCGCUUCGUAUAUGGCAGGCAAAGCACAAUUCUCCUGAUGCCUCCCUUUCCUGAGAUGUUGUGAAACAUUAGAUAAAAUUUAAGCCCUUUUUUUGUCCUCUCAUAAUGUCAUUAUAUUGACUGCUGGACAGUUUUUGUGCCUCCUGCGAUUUUUCACCACAAACUGCCUGUCAUGUCUAAGCUGUUUCUGUUACUCCAGUCCCCUCUCAGGCCUCUGUGUUAAUCUGAUGGGGCCAUCUCAUUUCUGGGACACUGGUCCUAUUUCCCAGUGGGAGUCUUAGUGAGAUUUCCUUUUUGUCUCGGAUCCUGUUGAUUGAUAGGAAUGAUCAUUAUGUUAAAGUAAUGUUACUCAUCCUUUGUCAGCUGAACAGGAAACACAACAACGUAGCGCUAACCACCCUUUUAACCUUUGUGCGUGCAUGUUUGUGGACGGAACAUUUUCAUGUAAUAUUAAUGUAAAAGUCUUGCAUUGUGUGUCUGCAUGUCAAAACUAGGUUUCAUGUUCCUGCUUGCAGAUGUGAAAUUAAGUCUUGUUAGGAAAUGAAGGAAUUCUGUGCACUGACUCUCUGGAGUUUUAACUCGAGCCUGUAAUGUGACGUUAUGAAUUUGUGUUGCAUGUUGGAAGUUCCAGCUUCGUUCUAUCGCGUUGAACUUUACGUCGGCCUGUAGUGGUAUCUAAUAAUAAUGUGUGUGGGGUUAGCUGAGGUGCGACACCGUGGGGUGCAGCUGUACAGAUGAGUUAAGACCAGUGUGUGCACAGUCGUGAUCCCCCUCAUUAAACACAAAUCGGUGCACUUGGAAGCUUGACGAAUAUUUUUAUUAUUUUUUCCUUUGCUAAUCUACUGAAUGAGUCAUCGCUUGUAUUGUCAGAGUCAGGUAGUAAUGGGAGUUGGGAGCAUGAGUGCACUAAUCAGACAAAAGGACUCGGACAUGAAAGCCUGCUUCAAAUCUUCUGCCAUUAAGGUUAAAAAAAUCCCUGGUUCCUGUCCGAGGAAUCGUAGUACGUCUGCACGACGCUGCUUUAAACGGCUUCAUGUUAUAUCACAUGUUGAAAUGCACGUUUGUGCUCAGCUGUAGAUUCUUUCACCUUCUGCAUUUAUCAUUUAAACUGUUCACUGAGCUGGUGGUCGUUUGUCUGAACACAACUUUCUAUAAUUAUAUCACAAAGGUGCCAAGUCUAAUAAAUAAAUCCUGUAGUGAUGUAAAUGGGCUGGUUCUUAUAUAGUGCUUUUCUACUCUGUUGAGCACUCAAAGGGCUUUACACAACUUGUACAUUCAGCCAAGCACUUUUUUCUACUCUUAUUAAAGUGCUUCCUAACUAACAUCCACACUCCGAUAGAUGCAACAUGGGGCUAGUAUCUGCAGACUGGAGCAGACUGGGAUCGAACCACCAACCUUCCUGUUAGUACCUCAGGUGGUAGACCUGCCACCCUGUGUCAUGUGAGUCGGAGAGAAACCACGGUUUAAUGAAAGGUCUUCACUGAGGAGUCCACGAAUGUCUUCACGUGGCAGUACCAUUAAGAAAAGGAUUCCCCAACUCGUUGGUGCAAUUGACCUCGGCCCCAAUGAAACUACCUGAACCCCCCAACACACUCGGUCCAGGUGAAUGUCACUGAUAUUGACACCCACCCGGUCUGUUUGCCAUUUCUUUCUAACGCCUCCUCUGCCAGCUUAAUUUCAUUUUCUGACUUGACUUAGUUCUGCCCACGUGGGUCAGGCGUGAGCGAGGCUGCAUGGCAUUGAAGGCAAAACAGCCUCAGGUCUAGCUCUCAUGAAAUAGGCGAACAAACGCUUAACAAUCACUGUUCAUGAUUCCCAUUAACAAGAAUCACAGCUAUGACAGUUUAUGGCUGCUGAACCGCAGACACAAUCUAAAUCGGACCCUGGAGCAGGGAUAACACAGCCUCCUUAGACAUUUUUCCCAUGGUGAUAAGGGCUUGGCCAGAUGUUCGUGAUACUUACUCGCACUCUGCAAAGCAGGAGCCCCGGCGAGUGUGUGUGUGAUGGCGGGUCUAUAUGGAGCACGUCUAGUAAGGCGUUUAGUGUGCCAAAUUAUGAAUGAGCCUGCUGCCUCCUGAUAAUUUCUGACUUAAACUUCCAGGAAACUCCGUUCCACAGAGACACUGAAAGGCUUCCUACUUGAUUUUGUCCAUGUUUGAAGUUGGGCCCUGUGAACGGGGAAAACGGCGUAUUAUAAGACACCACAGUGUUCUCUUUCAUGUAGCGAGCUGAAGGGGAUGCUAUUGAGUGUUCGAGGGAGACCUUUGAUAUGUGAGAUGCUCUGUGCCUUAUGAAAAGAGCCAGCUUAUGAUUUGAGUCAGCGUGCAUGUGAGUGCUUUGAUGCCUGUUUUCUCGCCACACCAGUGUUUUUGUCAGAAACGUCCACCCUUGUUGAUGCACAAUGUCCUGUUUGUGAGCUCGUUUCAUAACGAGCGUCCCGACUGAACUUUGGAGGGCACGAUUAGAACGAAGGAAGGAAAGAUUUCGCCUGAUUGCAUGUUUCUUUUGUUAGCAGGGAUAUUUUUCUUGUCAAGUCGACGCCGGACAUUUCUUUUUCUUUUUUCCUCCCCAGAAUAUAUGAAGUCGCCUCUCGCUCUUUAGUCAUCAUUUAAGGUUUGGAAAGUAAAUAGCGAUGCUAUAAAAGCCUGCCUUUUGUGUAAUUAUGUUUUUAUGCUGCUCUUUUAUGUUUGCACAGAAAAGGCUAUGUGAUUACAGUUUUACGGCACAGUGCUUCCUGACUACGGCUCCAUGUUUAUUAAAAAUGAUUUAAACACUGUGUGCGCACAGGAUUAAUCGUAUGUGGAGAGUGAUGGUUUGUCUGUGGGUGCAGAGCUGCAGAGACGAGGGACUUUGCCCUUCUCAUCUAUCUUUACCAUCUGGUUUGUGCAGCAUUUGACUGAGGCGUUAAUCAUUACACCCUGGGGCCACUGCUGCUCCUACAACAGCUGGAAAAGGGAGAUGGACCUGUUGGUGUCCAUCUGUCCUUUUGUCUGUCAGUCCUCGGUGGACUGCUGCAUUAACUGUAUCCCCGCAGCUGUAGGUUCAUGACCUUGGCGUUCCUCGCAAAACUACCACAAAGUUUUUGAAAAAGCUGGAAGGAGCUUCCUGGUGCUCUGUCUCUCAGCCCACGACUUCCUGCAAAUCCGUCACCGACUCCAUCCCAGCAUUUAACUCACAGCACAUCCCAGAGCAGUGACCAGCUGCAGACGGUGGAUUUAGUUCGACCCUGGGACGAGAGAAUCGAGGCAGCUGAAUGACAUCGAGAGCGGCCGCAGCAGCAGCUUGACCAGACUGCCCUUAAGUAAACAGGGAGAGGGACGGACUGGAUCCAGCUGGUUGGCGCCGACUGAUUCUGAUUGCAAAUCGAUUUUGAUAUCCAGAAUGCUGAGAAGAGGAUGAAUCCUCCAGGUCAUCUGAGACAUCAAAGUGUCUUUGCUGCUGUCCCUUUGCGACAGUCCUCAGGUCCGACCGGGGCACCAUCUGCUUCCCCUCAUCCCCCCCUUUGUCCCUAUCCAGAUCUUUCCCCCCUUCCCUGCCCCCAGUAGUGACCAUCCCAGAGGGAAGGAAAGGCGACCCAGCCUCUGUAAAUAUGCCUGGAUGGAGGUCUCAUUGGCGUCUUGUUCUCCUGAACUCCCUGACCUGUGGCCUGGAGAUCUGUGUGGCAGCUGGGAUCACAUACGUUCCUCCACUGCUGCUGGAGGCUGGAGUAGAAGAGCGGUACAUGACCAUGGUGCUAGGCAUCGGGCCAGUGCUUGGCUUGUUGUUCAUCCCCCUGAUCGGCUCAGCCAGUGACCAGUGCAACAGCAGUUACGGCAGGAGGCGGCCUUUCAUCUGGCUGUUGUCGAUGGGAGUCCUUCUGGCGCUUUUCAUUAUUCCCCACGCUGACGUCCUGGCAGCCCGCGUUGCAUGGGGUGGCCGCACGCUCCAGGUGGGCUUCCUGAUCCUUGGUGUUGGGCUCCUUGACUUCUGUGGACAAGUUUGCUUCACACCGCUGGAGGCUCUUCUGUCAGAUUUGUAUCGGGAUGAGGAGGACUGCAGCCAAGCCUUUGCCAUGUUCUCCUUCAUGGUGAGCUUGGGAGGCUGUGUGGGUUAUUUGCUACCUGCGCUGGACUGGAGUCACGGCCUCCUCUCUGUUUACUUGGGAGGCCAAGCAGAGUGCCUCUUUUCCCUCCUCAUCCUCAUCUUCAUCUCCAGUGUGCUAAUCACCAUGAAGGUGUCCGAGGAACCCUCUUGUGCCAACAGCGGUGCGGGAGAGUCGGGAUCUCUACUGGAGCCGGGGACCGGUGUGAUGGAGGCCGGCCGGUGUGGCGUGCCACGCUCGUGCUGCUACCUGCUGAAGUGCAAGCUGAGGCUCCUCAAGUCUGGACCCCUGAUGUGCUUACUGAGGACAUGCUGGUCCAUGACGCCGGCCAUUUACAGGAGCUACUGCCACGUUCCACGGGUGAUGAGGCAGCUGUGCGUGGCUCAGCUCUGCAGCUGGAUGGCUGUCAUGUCUUUUAUGCUUUUCUACACAGACUUUGUGGGUGAAGGCCUUUAUGAGGGCGUGCCCAGUGCAUUACCAGGGAGUGUGUCCAAACAAAGAUAUGAUGAAGGAAUCCGUAUGGGCAGCAUGGGCCUGUUCCUGCAGUGUGCUACCUCAACCUUUUUCUCUCUGGUUAUGAGUCGUUUGGUUCGGCAUUUGGGAUCCCGGUGGGUUUACCUGAGCAGCAUGGUGAGCUUCACAGUCUCUGCUUUGGUCAUCUGCCUGUCCAAAAGCGUCGUCUUGGUCACUGUAAUGGCAGCUCUCACUGGCUAUGCAUACGCGACACUGCAGACCCUCCCUUACACACUCACCUGCCAUUACCACAAGGAGAUAGAGGUCUACAUGCCAAAAAGAAUAACCAAAAGCAGACAUAAAAACGGUGUAACAGCCAUGCGGGACUCUGUGUAUUUGACUCCUGUGGAAGAGGAGGGUGGACUGAACCACCAAACGGGGCCUCCUUACAGGCACGCCUUGUUCAGCCAGGACAGUUACGAGUACUACCCCGGCCCGCAAAGCCAAAACGGUUCGUCUCACAGCGCCAACGCCCCCGAGCAGGACGAAGCCGAGUCGGGCUUUGAGAAACGCGGUGUGGGCUUGGACUUUGCCAUCUUAGACAGCACCUUUCUCCUCUCUCAGGUUUUCCCCACCCUCUUCAUGGGCAUGAUUGUUCAGUUUGCUCAGUCCGUCACUGCCUAUAUCGCUUGCUCUGCCAUCUUUGGAGCUGUCGCCAUCUACCUGGCCAGUCAGAUUGUCUUUGACCAAAAGGACCUCAGAAACUGAGUGAUGGGAUCGCCAAUAAUCAACCCUUCAGGUUCCACGAGUGGUACUCGCUGCACUACUGUUCCCAGAAAGCCUUUUGCUAGUAACAUUUUUUUGCUUUCAGCGACACUCUGCAUUAAGGUAUAUCUGUUAGCGUGUGGCGUGUGAAACUGGCUUACCGAAGAUAAAGUCAGGAGCCGUUUGCCGUGUUAUAGCAGGAAUUAUCUGCUACCAGAAGAGUCACCACCUGCUCAGGUCCGAUGAGGUACAGUGUGUACUGAAACCUAUUGAAUUCAACAGACGUGUCUCUUUAAAACUGUCACGGCAUAAUUUCUGUCCACCUUUUUCCUCAGGUACCUUCAAACAGAUUUACUGUACAACCCGUCAACCUCGAAUACACCAACUAACUUUUCUGAAUCGUAUUUUUUAAUUAUCUUAAGCUACGGUUUUACACAGUGCAGUCGGUUUUUGUCUUUGCUCACUCGUCUUCACUGUCACUAAGGCAUUUUCCAUAAUGGUCAUCUUACAUAAUGACAUUUAAAAUUAAAUUAGGUGAGCGUGGGGAGUCGUCAAUCUAAUGCAAGAUGGCAGAACAGACAAAUUGGUUUCUUCAGAAAUAUGCUACUUUAUUCAUUAAUUUGAGAGCCUCCAGAGAUGGUCUUGCCAACUCUGUAUGAUCUCUUAUUAGACCGUCCCUUCCUGCUAAAUGUCAUCAUCUUUCUACUUUAUAAUCGACCUUUUUUCUGUCAAAUGUGCUUUCGUCAUUACACUUGUCUAGUCUCCACCAUAAGUAAACUAACUCCAUACGUGGGUGGGGUACAUAUGGGGAUGUGGUAGUUCUGUUGGGCCAUCAGUAUCCAUUUCUCCUCCUGGGAUUGGUCACGUCCAGGAGGACGAUGGCAUGUGGGAGUCACCGAAAGGUGAAAAUGUGACUCAUUUUCUUCAGUCACAGCAUCUCAUCCUUAUUUAACACCUAUGGGAAAUUUUGUACCAGUGGUAGACGGCAAUCGCGUGCACCGUCAGGGUGUUUCAUUCCUGCUGUAUAUUUCCAAAGAUUUGGAGCGGCAAUGCCAAGGCCUGUUCUGGCCCAAAGCCUUAUUAGGAGACCUUUUUUUCUUUCAGCAGUCAGUGAGCUAUACUCUGAGUCUCCUCUUAUCCCUCCCUUCCUCGUCUAGUGCCAUCUUUUAGUGCUGUUUACUGCGAAUAUUUGCAUACAUUUUUACUGUAUAAUCCCUAUGGGAAUUUGUUAUGCAACGUGCUGAAGUGAAGUUUCUGACUGUGAUGAUUUAGCAAUUAGGCUGUUCAGCUGAAUGGGAAUAUCGCAUCAAAUGUCCUUUGUGUAGAUAAUCAAGAGAGGUAAUCUAGACUAGUGGACUGCUUAUCCUGUCGAGUAAUAAUAACACACUUUCCCCGUUGCCUAAGCCCCGUUUAAGUUUUUUUUUUUUUUUGUUUUUUUUAAAUGACAAUCUAGGACAUCCAGAUGGGCUUGUUAUAUAAUCCCAGACGUGAACGGUAAACACGCAGAGUGAUGUCUUAUGGAUGCCCACGUCAUAGCAACCGUUCUGGAAAACAUCUCCCAAAAAGUUAUGCAGUGCAUGUCAACAUUUGGUUACUGAAAAUCAUGCAAGCAAGGGCGAUGGAGGCCGUGCGUGUUUGUAUGUAUGCAUAACAUGGAGGACAGAUUGCAAGAAGUCAUGAGUAAGUGUGAGAGUAAUAGUUGGUAUGACUCAAAUGCAGUUUUUUGUUUCUUCUCUUGCUGCACCGACAGCAAGAGGAAAGAGUAGCCUGAAUAAUGCUUUACAUCACGGAGCAUCAUCUUGGCCAAAUGAUGAAGAAUCCAUGUUUGUGUCAGUUCUUGCUGAGAAUUUGUGUUGAGUCCUUCUUUUCUGAUCCUACACAAACUGUUCGGUUGGUACAACAGAAGGAUCCUAUUUCCUGCAUGGAAGACCAGAGAAUUUGUCAUGUUGACAUUACUGCCAAGCAAUCGACUUAUCCUCCAUGUCUAGCAUUAACUGAAAGGUUGUUUUACAAGUGCCUGUACAUUUUCCAAACAUGUUUUGUACAUAUGUAUUUAUUUAUUAUGCUUCUAUUACAAUAUAGCAUGUAUUAAAACUAUUGGACUUUUUUUUUCGGCAUCUGUCACAGGUGCAGGGGUGAAGGCUCUUUCUGUGAAAAUAAAUUAUUUGUAUAGAUGUGUUAUAGAAGCAUUCAUAAAGCUGUAAUUUAUUUUAAUAUUACCCAUUUCACCCCCUCUGUUGGCUUUGGGGACACUGCAGAGCUCGUUGCUGAGGUCUGUUAAGCCCUUUACACAAGUGACAUGGUUUGAGUUUCUUUUUCUGUUUUCAUGGUUCAUUUAAGAAAUCGUGUCCUUUGUCAGCAGUGAUUCGUCGGGGUCAUACGUCUCAUCAGUGGUCAAUAAACAGUUUCCGUUAACUGCAGUUGUCUGUAACUGGAUGAGUGGAGAUGUUCUCCUUGUAUUAAAACAAAGUGACUUAGUGAUUUAAGGCCAGAAGUUGUUUUUGAUUUUCUGUUUUAUCACAUGACUUCAGCUACUUAUUUCAGAGUUUAUAUCAUUUUAACUGUACACCUGUCAGGCUGUGUAUAAAUGUGCAGUUACCAAAUAGAUUUUAUACAAAAUAAAAGAUCUGCGUUUUCAA